CCGGGCCCCCGCCCCACCCAUCACCCUGCCCCUGUGCCCAGAGGCAGGGUCCAGAGAAGUCAGUCCCGCGACAGUGAUGGUCGUAGAAUCACGUGGGAACGGGCCUUGGGCCGAGGAUUGGAGCCAUUCGAUGUAUAUCUGAAUUACAUGAUCCCAGGGCCCCUUAUUACAGGGUUUUAAUUAUAUUUAUUGAGAUCGUUCUAGGCUCUGGGAUACAGCAGAGGAAAACACUGAAAAAUACCUAUCCGCUAAGAUCAUUCAUGUCAGGGUAGAGAGGAAAGGAAGUCAGUAAGUAAAAUAAAAAGCAUAUUAGAAGCGACAAGUGUUCUGGAGAAAACGAAAACAAGAAAGGGGGGUGGGGAGGCAGCCUUAAACAGAGUGGUGUGAAAAAGCCUCAGAGGUGGAGGCAUGAGCCAGGGGAUGCUGGGAGAAAAGCCAGGCCAGGAAGAGGGAGCAGCAGGUGCAAAGGCCCUGAGGCAGGAGAUGGCCUGAAGUGAGGGGAAAGCGAGGAGGCCGAGGCCGGUGUGGCCUGCACAGAGUCAGGGAAGGGCUGAGUCAGACACGAGGCCGGAGCUGUCCAGGCGUGAGGGCUGCUGGGCUGUAGAGGGUCCAGCAGGCCACUGCCAGGACUUUGGCCUCAGGGGGCAAGGCCAAGGGCAGGGAGGACCAGACAGGAGGCAUCUGCAAUAAUCCAGACCACAGCCUGUGGCUGUUGGGACCCAUGGAGGGGAGGAGGGGUCAGGUGCUGGGUGUAGGUUGAAAGUGGUGCAAGUGGGACAACCUCAUGGACUGGAAGUGGGACGUGGAAUAGAGGCGUUCAGAGUGACGCGGAGGGUUUGGCCUGGCGCCCUGGAAGAUGCAGUCGCCGUUAGCUUACGUGGAGAAGGCUAUGGGAGAAACAGGUUCCAGGUUCGGCAGACAAGAAAAGGAACUCGCCUUUCAACGAGUGGAGUUUGGUGUCCAACGGGGGGCGUUUGAGAAGGAGAUCCUGCAGGAAUACCUGGAGAUCAGCAGCCUGGUGCAGGACGAGGUGGCUGCCAUUCACCAGGAGAUGGCUGCAGCCGCUGCCCGCAUCCAGCCCGAGGCCGAGUACCACGGCUUCCUGCGGCAGCACGGGUAAGAUGGCCUUGGACUUGCUGCCCCUCCUCACCCCUGCCCGGCACCGGAGCU